CCUUCUUAUAUCCAAGGUGAAAAUGAAGACGAUAUAGAUUCUCAAAUUAGAGCCUUAUCAUACAUGUUCAAAAGACUAGAAAUCUACAAUCUACCAAACUUCCUAGCUGAUGAAAAUGGCAUUUACAGAAUUCCUGACCCAACCUCUAACAAUCUAUCUCAUUCUCCCAUAUCCUCUCACAUCCUCUAUAACAGAACUGAAUUCGAAAGAAUCUUAAUCAACGAUAAACAUCGAAUCCUCAUCGACUGGUCAAAAAACAAAUUUCGCUCCUUAUUAAUACUAUCAAAUCACCCUAAAAAUUUAACCUUCAAAUUUUCAAUAUUAAACGCCUCUUCAACUUUGGACAAUUAUCUACAUGUCUUGGUCAAUAAAUCAAAUUUCUAUAUCGAACACCCAAUAGAAAAAAGAAUCAAAAGAAUCUUAGUCAAACACUCCUAUAAUAAACAAUGGAAAGUAAUUCAAUCUGAAAACAGAAAUUUCGUUAACAAAGAUGACAGAUACAAAAUCAUCAAGGGCUAUUUAGAAAGAUUGGCUUUCCAUGUUCAAGUUGAAAGAAUCUUUAAA